AUGCCGCAAUCUAGCACUAACCCAACCACGACCGACUACGGGGCCACGGCCGCUCCUGCACCGGCUGCUACCCCAUCGUCUUCAAAGCCGCCUUCCGCCUCUCGGAUUGAGCCUAAAGUAUGGCUGGCGAACGAGCGAACGUGGUUGAAUUGGUGUCGGACUGGUGUCCUGCUGGGCUCGUUUGGUGUCGCCCUUAUUAACUCAUCCCCAUCUCUAGGUGCACGGGCUAUGGGGGUCGUUUAUGCUGCUAUCGCAAUUGGAACCAUAGGAUAUGGACAUCAUCUUUACAAAAAACGAAUCAGGCUGAUUAAAGAAAAAUAUUCGGGUCACUUCGAUGAUGUGAUAGCUCCUCUGAUCAUCUCAGGAUCACUCUUCACGGCUAUUCUCGUUAAUUUUAUCCUUCGGGCAAUAGACAAUGAACGACACAAGCCCUCGAAUGAUAGUCCAAAAGCGCCUUGGAUUGCUGCCCCAGCUUCUACCAGAUUUCCCCCACUCUGAAGCUUCUAUGGGACGCCGUGAUCUUAAAGACCUUUCUAAUUUUUUUAAGAUCCAACUUACCACCAAGUUCAAGUUGAUACGUAGUUUACAGCUAAUUCAAUUUUAUCCUUGUUUCUUAGUCGCACACAUGUCAUCAAUAUUUGGUAUUGUCUCAAUUUCGAUUGGUUCGGAUCCUUCGUUUUCGCUGGGUAGAGGUUUGUAAACUUUCAUGUGACCUUUCAGUUUGAUUGUAAUCGAUUUGUAGUAUGUAGUACCCUUAGUUUUUGGGCUUUCCUUUUUGUCUGGAUUUUGUUGGUAGGGGGAACCAGUUAGCAAAUUUCAGGAGCUCAAUGGGUGCAUAACCCACAGCCCAAUCCGAACUUGACACUCAAGCACAAUUAAAUCUGUGUGGGAACGUGAAAUCAUUCCGCUUUUCUGCCACAAUUGUUAUGUACUCAUUCUGAUUUCCUGGCACAGUAGUUAGGUGCUCAACCAAAACACAUUUGACCAAUCAUACACAAUUACAUCUGUGUGGAAGCGAUACAUCUUGUUGAUUUUCUGCCACGAUUCUGAUGUGCGCAACAAACAAACUUGGCAGAAUGCCAAAUUUUGUAUUUUUC